AGCUAAGCCCCCCUCCUAUUCGAAGCCGGGUGUGGCCUCGCCCUUUUGCUCUUCCUUCGGUUUGGCUCCACGAAGGCGCCGCCUAGACUAGGAGCCCCACUCAUAUUCAAAAGGCGCCCAGCUUUCAAGACGAUGAUAAUAAGUAGUUAGGCUGCCAUUUUUCCAAUAUCAUGGAAUAGCAUGGCCCGGGGCUAAGGUAACUCCAGUGGGAGAGCCGUGUUAUGGGUGACCUUAUUGCACGGUUCAGAGAGCACUUGUGUAUGUGAUGCAAGUGAACGUGUACGAAAAAGCUGUCGUAAAGUUUCGUUGUUCGUUCCGUCGUUGACCCUAUCUAUGUUUCUACGAUGGCCCAAGAACACGCUCAUUCUUCAGCCGUAGAGAGACUUUUGAAUUGUGAGGUACCAUUACGAGCUCAAUAUAUACGAGUGUUAUUCUGUGAAAUAACUCGAAUUUCAAAUCAUUCACUUGCUUCAACUACUCAUGCUAUGGAUGUGGGAGCAUCAACUCCGUUCCUUUGGGCUUUUGAGGAGCGGGAGAAAUUGUUGGAAUUCUAUGAAAGAGUCCCGGGAGCCAGGAUGCAUGCCAGUUUCAUACGACCUGGUGGAGUGGCACAAGAUCUGCCUCUUGGCUUAUGUCGAGAUAUUGAUUCCUCCACACAACAAUUUGCUUCUCGUAUCGACGAAUUAGAAGAGAUGUCAACCGGCAACCGUAUCUGGAAACAACGAUUAGUGGAUAUUGGUACUGUCACUGCACAGCAAGCAAAGGAUUGGGGAUUCAGUGGUGUAAUGUUAAGAGGUCCUGGGGUAUGCUGGGAUUCGCGAAGAGCAGCACCUUACGAUGUUCAUGACCAAUCGGAUCUUGACGUACCAGUAGGUACCAGAGGAGAUCGCUAUGAUCGUUACUGUAUUCGUAUCGAAGAGAUGCGACAAAGUGUUCGGAUCAUUGUGCAAUGUCCUAAUCAAAUGCCUAGUGGCAUGAUCAAAGCCGAUGAUCGUAAGCUAUGUCCUCCAUCACGAUCUCGAAUGAAACUAUCCAUGGAAUCCUCAAUUCACCAUUUCGAACUUUAUACAGAAGGUUUUUCCGUACCAGCUCCUUCUACCUAUACCGCAGUUGAAGCACCUAAAGGUGAAUUUGGUGUCUUUCUUGUCAGUAAUGGGAGUAAUCGUCCCUACCGUUGUAAAAUAAGAGCACCUGGCUUUGCCCAUUCACAAGGACUCGAUUCUAUGUCCAAACAUCACAUGCCAGCAGAUGUAGUCACCAUCAUAGGUACUCAAGAUAUUGUGUUUGGAGAGGUAGAUAGAUAGGACGUAGUCUUGCUCGAUCAGGACCCUUGCUUUAUUGCGAGCCAAAACAGCUGCGCUAUUCACUUCUACAUAUAAAAAGAAAAAAAUGUGAAAAUGUAGUUACAGAUGUGAAAAAAGUCAAUAUCUCUCUGUCUUUUCUCUGGAUCAUUCAUUGGAUGAUGUGCGUUUCAUCAAGUAUGAACUUCUUUCUUUUUUUUCUAUGCAAUUUCAGUACCGGAUCGACAUCCAUUUAUUUCAGUGCCCUCAUCCGCGUGUAUGUCUGUGUUAGAUAGGCUCUGGAAGGCCUUACUUUACUAACAGGUAGGGCGCGUUACUUUUAUUCUUUUUUUGCUGCUUACCCGCAUGUUUAGAUUAUUUACUUGCCCUUUCACUUUUUCUUCGGCUGUCACCAACUUUGUUCAAUGCUAGUCCCUAACCCAUGAAUAAGGGCUCCGCUGGCUACCGGGUUCAGAGAAGUUUGUAAGCUCUUUCUCUUUUUUUGUUUUUCGCCACCUCCUGUGUCUUUCCGUUUAAGGUCUUUAAUUCGGCAUUAGCUUCGUUAGAGAAAGCCAUGCGUGAACUACAAAGCACGGGAUCCUGAACACCACGAAAGAAAGCGUACUACUUUUCAAUAAGGUCCGACUUACUUUUCAGAGAGGAGAGACAUGAACUUGUUUUAGGCGUAGAAAAGGCAUACGGUAUGAAAGAUUGAUUGAAAAGAGGUAGGGACUGGUCUCGCUGCUAAGGGAGAAGGAGACCUCUGUCGGAGCAAGCUAAAGAACCCACUUUAGAUCGUCGAUUUCAGGUAAGGCACUCGAUCAAGCCUAUACAUCCGGGAAUUUCGCUCCAAACCAAAGACGACUUGCUUUGCUGCAUUUCUUGGGCCGGGGCUUUACUUUCUUUUUUUUUGCGAAAGAAAGGCCAUAUGAUCUACUUUCUGGUGCCGGUCCCUUCACAAGCCCCUUCUUGCUCUUAUUCUUAUUCGGUGGAAUACAAGAGUUCUGAAGCUCCUUUCUUUCAAGUGAAAGUUGCCUAUCUUUCUUGGUUCGGAAUCCAAUCCAGUUGAAAACAAACAAUUGCCCGAUGGAAAAGUCAGAUGAAAGGCAAGGAGUGUAAACCACGUACGAGCGAGCGCAGAAAGCGAAAUGUUUUGCAGCGAGUCAAGCGUAAUACGAUCAAAAGGAAAUGGGGUCGAUGCCUCGUUCCCCAGAGGGGGCCCCGGGUUGAAAGAGCGAGCUACAUUCUUUCUUAGAAGAAAGAAAGAAAGAGGACUGAUGCUUUCUUACUUCAUCUUAAUAUAGGGAUGCUUUAUGUAGCUUCCAAUAAAUAGGAAACAAGAUGACCCAUGGGGCACUCAGUGACGUAUCUAAACCGUCUAUCCAGUACUGGCUUUUCACACUCGGGAAUAGAAACUGUCGGCACUUGAAGAUGAACGAAGCGAAAUUACCCCCCCCAAAAAGCCCUUAUACUCACCUUGGUGGGGACUGACUGCUCUCCCCUACGAAAGUAGCAUCGCGAUGCAGAGAUCAACAACACAUAUUCGCAUACCAUGCUUAUCUAUUGAUGUCGCAGAUCAGCGGCAACUCCCAUACUAAGUAUGAUGUCGCAUAUCGGUUGUCUAACUACAAGGGUGGAACCUUUUCUUUUUAACUAGUCUUAAAGUGGAUGUCGCAGCCUUGAGUUCUUUUUAUUGAAUUCACGAGAUUGAAAAUUAGGAUUGAAUGAAUAACCUGGAGAUAUAUUCCUUUUCUCAAAUAGUUCUUUAAGGGGCCUCUCUCUAUCCUUGGCUUAUUCAAUAGAGCUUUCCUUCUUUUCAUUAUUCGAUACUGCUGUGAGAUACUACGAGAGCUCGUAGACAAUAUGAGAUAGAGCUGACUAAGAGAAAGAAGUAAGCGGAUCUUGCAGCUGUUUUCAUUCCUUUAUUUAGGUCUUGAACCUAUUAAGUAGAAGAUAAAGCACUGAUCUGAUGGAUCAAAUGCUUUCACUACUCGAUCAAGGAUUUUAUAGAAAGGCUUGGAAAGGUAGGAUUGCUGCCGUGGGUCAUAAAAGGUUAGCUUACUGGCUUGAUGGAAUGAUUUACCGGAUACUCAAUUUCAUUUCUAAUAAAGUAUAGCUUUUACUUGGAUAGAGCGGAAGCAUAAGUAAGCGAGCGGCAUGAACCUAUAAUAUAGGUUGAGGAGAUGCUACGAAAGUAGCCACUGCUCCAUAUAAAUAUAGGGAUGAGAAGUUUAUAGUCAUAAAUAACCUUAUGACACUACUCAUGAUAAGUUGUUGUGCUUCAACCCUCAUCACCUUAUAGACGGAAAAGAGAUGUUUCCAAUUAAACCAUAGAUGUCCACUUCAUACUUUUAGUAUUAGAUUUCGGCUUGCUUGGGUUCAUUCAAGGCAUCUUCAUUUCAUAUCUAUUAAAGAAAUCAAUCACGCAUCCUAAUUGGUGAGCUUAUGCCCGCCCUAGUUCCUUCCCCGCUCUUAGUUUGCUUUACAGGAACCUUUUUUGCGAGGAGGGUUCCAAUGAAUCCGAGGAAAAAAAGCACAUUAUGGCCAGUGAUCUUUAGCUGGUCGUGACCAAGAAUAGGCAUCUGUUUUUUAGACAUAGAUCAGGGCUACCAAAGCUAGCUACUAAGUAAUGCAAGAAAUAGGUUUACCGGUAUAUGUGUUUGAAUAGGAAUAAGCAUGUGGUUGUGUGAUAAGUCAGUCAAGAUAGGCUCAGCUCACGGGUAAGCAACUAGGUAGAAGUAGUAAGCUUUUAGGUGUUUUAGUUGUUUCAUAGGAAAGCAAGGAAGAGUUUCAAAAAAGGGUGUAUUGAUAAUCAAGAUAAGCAGUGGAUAGUCUAGGGUAAGAAAAUAUCAUGUUCGAAGAUUUCACUCCCACCUGGACUUUCUUUUUGAUGGCUCUUCUUUGUACCAGUUGAAUCAAUUACCCAACUAAUUUCAUUCAAAGACGCUAUGAACCACUGCUUACUCGAGUGCUUGAGAUAUUCAUUCGGUUUAAGGCACCUUCAUCGUUGGAAGGAAAAAACCCUUCUCCCCGGGCUGAUCAUUCCCUCUAACAAGCUAAACAAGAGUCCUGGAGCGAUAGAGGAAAAUCCAAGGUGCAAAUGACAUAAUAUGUGAAAAGUUCUAUUGAGGAAAAAAGAAAAAAAGAAGGAACUUUAGAAGCGAAAGUUGGCUAUUCUCCUAAAGGAAUAUUGUAACGGGCAUCUAGGUAAUAUAGAAGGCCGACCCAGUCGAAUCCCUUUGUACUUAUCCCUUUCCAAUUCCUUUUAAUAAAUUCAUUCCUGUUUUUUAUUGGACCCAGUUUUAUUCUCUUCGAUUGAUUGUAUCUCAAAACACACACUGCUUAAAUACCUUCUCUUUCUAUUUCAAAGAGAAAGGAUUUCCAGUCACAGACUGACAAAUUUAGGACAAAUUGGAACCAUUAACUAUAUUAUUUGUUAUUAUUUGUUAGUAGUGAACGGUUCUAAUUCUAAAAUGGGUAUUGUAUCCCCAAUAGUGUUUCCUUAAUGGCAUAACAAAAUCAAAUUGAUUUACGGCUAAUCAGUAUCAAUUAUAAAAAAUAGAAAAUGAUUUCUCAAUUAUCAAUUUCAAAUAGAUAUGUAAACCCCAGAACAGAAAUUGUUACACGGAUACCGAGUUGGUCUCUCUCUUAUGUACAUAUCCCUAUAGAGAAUCGUGCUUUCAUUUUUCAUUGCAUUGAAUAUAAAGAAAAAAAUAGAGAAUUAUGAUAUUGAUAUAGUGUGACCUGACCCCUGUUGGUCCAAGUGAAAUUCAGUCUAGGGUUCUUAAAGAUAUUCUCCAUUUUUUCCCUUUCCCUACAAAAAGUAUAGUCUGAAGGCUAGCACGCACCAUUCCUCGCUUAUGAUAAUCUAAGGCCAAAAAGAAAGAAGGCGAACACCAUAAUAAUACAUGCCCUUUUUCCUCAAUCGUCAAGGUCGUGGAUUUGGAUCGAUUUCGGUUUUACGGGCUUCAUACAUUGUGAAGAAAAGUACUCGGCAUUGGAAAGCAUCACGUUCUGGCCACACACAAAAGAAGUCGGUGGAAGGUAUGGAAUUUCUCGGCUGAAGGUCAGAAAGAAAGUAAUCGCUAGUGCUCUCGGUUCCAGCAACGAGUCUUCUCUCUGAGAAUUAAGGAAAACAAACUAACCUUGUCUGUCUAUGUUCACCUUGACAUGAAAGACUCUUUUCCUAACCUUACUGUUCUACCUGGCUAGUUCACUUCACUUUUCGAGGGAUCCUGGAUUGGAGUUCACUUGUCUAUGAGUGUCCGAACAGCUUCAGAUCCUUCCAAGGCACAGGGGUUCUCUCUCCAUUCACUUUGAGCUGGGUUUCUUGUGAUCUUUGUAGUAGUUUUUCCGUCCCAUUUUUUCGUAAAUUCUGUCUUACACAGCUGUCCCCAAGGAUGUCCAUUCCAUUCGGCAGGGACUCCAUCUCGCAUUCGAUCUCCCUCCUUUCCCUGAAAGAGUCGAGGUCUCUCUGGACUUCUCUUUUGCCUCUCUCCCAGAUUCAGAAAAAGGGAGGAAGAGGGCCGGGAGUGAUUCCCCGAAAAGAGAUCGUUCCCAGCAUCCUCGAGUUCGUAGUCAAACUCACCUUCAUCCACCUUUCAUGGACUGGCGCGGGCAAGCGCCGAUGUCUGGAGCAGGAGAUGGAAGCUUGGGUUGAGGAGGCUGUCAACGAGUCAUCAAAGGCGAUAGAUUGGUUAUAUUCGGAUUCGUUUGCUUUUUCUUUUUUUUUUGUUGUGAGAGGUCUGAGUCCACAGCUGGGGAAGAGUCGUCAGAUGACAAUUGAAGUAGGGGUCUGCCUCUUUCAAAGGGAAGCAAGAGUCUCAUAGGGAAGGAGAUCCUGCACAGACCAAUCCCAAUCUGGAAGAGAGUCUUGUUGUCAAUGAAAGCAAUGAGACUAUGUCACAUAUCUGCCUAUCUCGUGUUGUGAGCUAUAAAGUACCCACCAGGGGGUGGACCAAGAAAGAGGCAGGCGAUUGGGUCCUUCCCAUCCUCUAUGAUGUCAGUCUCUUUGUCAUUCUUUCACCCUUGCUGAGUAGCGAAGUGAGCAUACUCAAGAUCCAAUUCAUCAAUCAUUUGAGUUGGUACGAACAUAGGAAUCCAGACUCCGCUUGAUUCGAUCUUCAGUUUCGACCUUCAUCAGUCAGGAAAAAGAAGAAGGACCCACUUAUUCCACUCAGAGAGACCGAACCAGGCAACAAAAAGGCUGAAGGAAGUUCUCUUUCCAUUCCAACUAAACUAAGUGAAAAAAGGGGGAGAGCAAAACAGAAACACAGGAACAAAGAAACUAUGUCCAAACCAACGAGUCCUUUGGUCGACUCUAAAGAAUGUAUCGGGAGUUGGGAGUUAGCCGUCUCGUAGGAGUGAUAGCUGGGUUUUUCACGGAGUUUCUUCGUACGAUUGAAAAAAGAGUGCUCUAGGUCGGAGAAAACAAGAAGAAGAUUGUUCACCAGUCUGUCUCCCAACCUCUUUAAAGCAGCUACCUACCGUGAUAUGGUCUUGGGACAGCAUUGGCACCUCCGUUUGCUGGAUCUUCUAGGCACUCUAAAGCGCUUCCACGAGAGACAGAUGGACUUUGAGUUAUAGACGGAGAAGAGCCUUUAGAGGAUCAAGAGUGAUUCCUCAAUAAAACAAAUGGGAUUUUGAGGGAGGGCUGAACGUGAUGUACUGAAGGGUUCGCUUUCGCUGAUCGGCGCCAGUCUUUCCUGCUGUGAAUUUCCCAGGUCGAGAGUGGCCCUUUCCUUCUACCUUACUGAACCCAUUCACCAAUGAUUGGAUCACUCAAAGCCAAAGACCAAUUCCUUCCUUUUAGGUGGUCUAGGUGGCUGGGAUACUAUGCCCUUAUUUUUAGAGGCUCAAAGACGAGUUCUUUGAAGGAAGCAAAAGAACCCAUGUGUCUCGGAUGAAGUCUACCCUCUUUUUUUUGCCAGGAAGAAGAAUGAGAUCCAACUCAAAGUCAAGGAAAGCGGCCUAGACCACUGACUUUUGAUGGAAGGCUUCUGAACAUGGAUUGGUCUGAUAAAGCCAAUUUUUCGGCGAAUCAAAUAUUUUCUGAGAGCACUAGACCUUCUCUCUUUCAGGAUUGAUUCCCACUCACUGCCUGAUAGCAGGCUUGGCCCAUGAGACCUAUUGUCUUAUUGUCCUGGCUCACUUCACUACUUUGGAGGAUGGGUUUUUCCCCUUUUUGGUUCGCAAACGCUCUAACCCAUCGAGAAGCUCCAUCCAAAUUGGAGUUGAUGUGAGCACUUCCCCAGAGGCAGAAGCUGAGUCUACAAAAGGGUGGGAGCAUAAAAUGUAGGUAAGUCAAUUGCGUGUGGCCUUCAAGUAUUUCGUAUUGUAACAAUAUUCAAUCGGCAUCCAAACAAAGGUGCAUGUACGGUUCCUAAGGGAUACAAUUUUGUCCUAAUCAACCAACUUCAUCGAGAAAGAUUAAAUAAGUUGAUAGCGCGAUCUCGUACUAACACAUACUCUCUAAAUAUUGAAGAACUUGCAUGCGGCCUUCAAGCCACAACCGCGGUAUGAGUUCUGAUCUCAGACUUUGGGGGCUGCUUGCCCCUUCGCGUCGACAAGGAAACUGUGGACGACAAUGGGUUUAGAAUUAGAAUAGAACGAGGACCCUAUCGAACAAAUAGAGGAAAGGGCGGAAAGGGGCAAAAGUAAAGUCUAAGCGACAUAUGGCACGAAAAGGAAAUCCAAUUUCGGUAAGACUUGAUCUGAAUCGUAGUUCAGAUCCAAGUCGGUUCAGUGAGGGCGACCGCGAAAGUCACCGAAUGGGUUCGGUCCGUCUUUUCCUGAUCUUUGUUUGUCCCCUCAAAAAAAGGCGUGAGAGGACGUUGCAGAUGUCCGGGACGGACACGACUUCUUCUAACGCUAGAAGACCACAGGAAGAAACCCGGGACCAGAGCAUGUCGUGAAAGACGCACACGGGGCGGGCGUGCUUCGACCGUGUCUCCGGGGCACAGUUGAAUGUAGAUAUCAUGAACGCGAGGAUAAGGAUACCAGGCCGAGAAACCCGGGCAAGUACUCCCCUAAUGUGCCGAUCGCUAGCGCAUCCAGGGCCCCGGCGCCCAGCUCCGCUGGAGAGGCCGUCACUGAUCUGAAAAGUGCGUCCGCGGUUCGGAUAGACUGAUUCUGCGAACGCCUAGCCCCAGGAAUCAAUAAAAAAACAAGUGCAAAGUUUCAUUUCAGAUCAGUGAAUAAACCGAAAAAAGAGACCUUUCUCGCUCGGCGCCGCACUAUGCUCCGCUUCAACAAAUGAGAGUUUUCGGUGGAACCGGUGAACCACGCGAGCUGGUUAGAUGCGUGGGGCAGAGGGCUCGUAGUACCUGAUAGCGCUGCUAUGCAGUGGAAGGGAAGGAGCCUAAAUCGACCCCCUUCUUUCUUUUUUAUUCAAAGACAUAAAAGCACAGUACAAAGAGAUUGGACUCUCGGAUGAGACUAAGCAGCUACCGUUCCGACGCGCCCCUGACCCUAUCUUGAUUAAAACCGAAAACCCUCUCUAAGGUGGAGCCUAGUUGAAGCUGUCAUUCAAAGAAAAAAUGGGAAUCAAAAUCCACUUUUAGGGAUAUAGAUGAAGUCUCGCUCAGUAAAGAGAGUUGUAGAUUCGUAGAAGAGGAUCAGAGUACGCGCGCUACAAAAGGCAGCUAGCCAAUGAAAGUAAGUGGAAAGAAUAUAGUACUUUUGUACUGACCCCUCCGGGGCCCCCGGUUGUUUUGGCGCGCCCUACCCCAACGUUAGACUAUUGCCUUUUUAGCCUACGCUUGCUGCUUGCAGCAUGGAUUCGAUAGAUCUAUCGAAUCCAUGCUUCCCCCGCCCCGAAGCGAGACUCUAUCCAGAUCUCAAAGAAUAACGAGCUAGGCGGCCGGCGGGCAAAGAAAGGGGGCGGGCCGGCCGGUCGGGGCCUUGGCGAUACGUUCUUCUUUCGAAGCGUUUUGCCAAUAGAGCGAGGGCGUCCUUCUGGGGUGGGGCGUUUACUUGAAAAUGACAACCGCCUGUUCCAGCAGCGGGGGCCUUGCACGAAAGCAAACCGCCCGAUUAAGUAGCAGUUGCUUCGCUGAUGGGCCCAGUGAGGGGGGCAUUGUCCCUCAGUUCUUACCAACCUCAGCUGUCCAUUUCUUAUUCAUUCAGGGCGCCCCUAGUGGACUUGGCGGUGCUCCUUUCUCAAACCAGAACAACUCUGAACGUUAGGGAAAAUAAGGGAAGACCACCUGAGCGAACCGACCGAAGGGACUUUAUUACUUAUCCGAACCGAACGUUAGCGGCUUAAGCUAAGCCUAUCACGAGCAGCGUUGCUGCUUGAUCGGCGGGGAGGAAGAUCUCAAAGUAUGGGGCAAAGGAUCAAGCGCUUUUACUUUGCUUUGUCCCCCGGGAUCCACCACAGGUUGGGUUUGAGAGCCGUGUGAUGGGUGACUAUCUAGCACGGUUCAGAGAGCACGUGUAUGUAGUCUGCGCGCUGGUGAAUGGAAGCCCCCGCCGCAAAAAAGAAGCGGCUUUUCCCACGGCUCUGUCACCAUUGACUCUAUUUAUUAUUAUGGUAAAUCAUUGUAUCAAGAUGUCAAUCUUAGAUCUUAUUUCAGUUCGAUACGUCCACCUACGAGACUCACCUUUGGCUUUCGUCUCGGUAGGUGUAUUAUUCUACAUUUUCCCAAAAGGACAUUCAUUCAUUUCUUUCUUCCCCGUCGACCACUACGACUAAAACGACGCGACAAAUCAAGACCCGGAAAGGAUAAGGGACGGUGGUGGGCAUUUGGGAAAGUCGGGCCGAUCGGGUGUCUUCAUUCAAGCGAGGGUACAGAGGAAGAACGAAACGAAGUGAGAGGCCGGGGGGCAGGGAAAAGAGUCGAGUCGAUCGACCGGGAGAAGCAAAACGAAAUCAGGAUUUGGCCGAAAAAGAUGCAACGUUAUGGAUACCAUGACCGAUCACCAUCGAGAAAGAAGAAUUUUUCUAAAUCACUUCGGGUGAGCGGGGCCUUCAAGCAUCCGAAAUACGCCGGGGUUGUAAAUGACAUAGCCUUCCUGAUAGAAAAUGACGACUCCUUCAGAAAAACAAAGUUAUUCAAGUUCUUUUUACCUAAGAAGUCCCGCUCUGACGGCCCGACGAGUCAUCUACUAAAAAGGACCCUCCCCGCUGUGCGCCCCUCCUUGAAUUAUUCGGUCAUGCAAUACUUUUUUAAUACAAAGAACAAAAUGCAUUUCGACCCCGUCGUAGUUCUCAAUCAUUUCGUGGCACCGGGUGUGGCUGAACCAUCUACGAUGGGGGGAGCGAAGGGAGGAAGCUUAGAUAAGAGAAUACGCUCUCGCAUCGCUUUUUUUGUAGAAAGCUCGACCAGCGAGAAAAAGUGUUUGGCCCGAGCCAAAAAGAGGUUGAUCCACUUCAUUCGCCAAGCGAAUGAUCUUCGCUUCGCGGGAACAACAAAAACCACCAUCUCGCUCUUUCCUUUCUUCGGUGCUACCUUUUUUUUUCCAAGGGAUGGGGUUGGGGUGUAUAAUAACCCAUUUUUUGAGUAUGCCCGGGAACAACUCCUAGGUCAAUUAAGGAUCAAAUGUAGGAACCUCAUGGGUAAGGAUAAGGUAAUGGAAUUGAUAGAGAAAUUCAUAGACCUAGGUAGGAUAGGCAAAUUGAUAAAGGGAAUAGAGAUGAUGAUAGAGAUCAUACUGAGAAAGAGGAUAAUUCCGUACGGGUACAACUCUUAUUUGAACGAAGUGCAAAAAAUGCGAUCUUUUUUGUCUAAUAGAACAAACACUAAUACCUUAAUUGAGUCGGUAAAGAUCAAAUCAGUUUAUCAAAGUGCUUCUCUGAUUGCUCAAGACAUCUCUUUUCAACUGAGGAACAAUCCAAUCUCAUUUCGUUCCAUUUUUAGUCAAAUAGUGAAGGAUAUUCCUUUAAUAAUGCCAAAAGGGGUGGAGGGGAUACGUAUUUGUUGUUCUGGUCGAUUAGGGGGUGCGGAAAUAGCUAGAACUGAAUGCGGAAAGUAUGGAAAAACAUCUUGUAAUGUAUUUAACCAGAAAAUCGAUUAUGCUCCUGCGGAAGUAUCUACUCGUAACGGAAUUUCAGGUGUCAAAGUGCGGAUCUCAUAUAGUCAAAAUAAGAGGGGACGUGCUAUAUCCGAAACGUACGAAAUAUAGUAAAUAUAGUAAAUGCAGAUGUAGUAGGGGUCGCGAACCGGAUGGUACACAACUUGGUUUUGGAAGAUAUGGCACCAAAAGUAGUAGAGCUGGUCGUCUUUCAUAUCGAGCCAUUGAAGCAGCGCGUCGGGCUACAAUCGGACAAUUCCAUCGUGCUAUGAGCGGACAAUUCCGAAGAAAUUGUAAGAUAUGGGUAAGAGUUCUCGCAGAUCUUCCUAUUACGGGGAAACCCGCAGAAGUUCGAAUGGGAAGAGGAAAAGGAAAUCCUACGGGUUGGAUUGCUCGUGUGUCCACGGGACAAAUCCCAUUUGAAAUGGAUGGUGUGAGUUUGUCAAAUGCUCGACAAGCCGCUAGAUUAGCGGCGCAUAAACCAUGUUCGUCAACCAAGUUUGUUCAGUGGUCGUAACGUAAUUGGUUAGUGGGGAAAAACCGGGCCGGGACUCAAAAGAAUUUUACGAAGUGUUUGUUCCUGAACGAGGGAAGUGGAAAGACAAAGAGGGAUAGGGAGCUCGCCUCCUUCUUUUUUGUAAUCGCCGAAAUUCAAAUUGUACGACGACCCUUCUUGUUCCAGGCAUACGACCCUGAGACGUGACGGUGUCACUUUUCCGGCCCGGUAAAGUGACAGUUAUAUAAAUAAGAAUAAGAAAGAGAAGCGUGAUGUUGUCGUGUUGUCAGCAAUCAAAUUAUCGUAAAUAGAUAGUACGGUUGCGUUGUUUCAAUUUGUGUUCGUCGGUCCUUGGGUUACGAAGGUGUGGGCCCGCUUACUAAUACGGAGAGGGUUCCGCAUGAAAAAGACAAUCUUGAACUUCUUCGUUUCGUUGGUAGAACCCACGCCAACUCUUUUCUCUAAAAAAUAGAGAGAUCUUUUGAUAGUCUCACUUCUAUCAAUGCAAUGAAAGAACUAUCCCUUCCUAUUUGUUUGUCCUAAUGAGACAAAGAAGAGCCUCCUUCUUUACCACUUUAGGGGAUGGGGGUGAAGGGGGGUUUACAUACAACCGGGACAAAGUGGUUUAUGAUUGAAUCUCAGAGGCAUUCUUAUCAUUUGGUAGAUCCAAGUCCAUGGCCUAUUUCGGGUUCACUCGGAGCUUUGGCAACCACUGUAGGAGGUGUGAUGUACAUGCACUCAUUUCAAGGGGGUGCAACACUUCUCAGUUUGGGCCUAAUAUUUCUCCUUUAUACCAUGUUCGUAUGGUGGCGGGAUGUUCUACGUGAAUCCACGUUGGAAGGGCAUCAUACAAAAGCUGUACAAUUAGGACCUCGAUAUGGUUCUAUUCUCUUCAUAGUCUCGGAGGUUAUGUUCCUUUUUGCUUUUUUUUGGGCUUCUUCUCAUUCUUCUUUGGCACCUACGGUAGAGAUCGGAGGUAUUUGGCCCCCAAAAGGGAUUGGGGUCUUAGAUCCUUGGGAAAUCCCUCUUCUUAAUACCCCUAUUCUCCCUUCAUCCGGAGCAGCCGUAACUUGGGCUCAUCAUGCUAUACUCGCGGGGAAGGAAAAACGAGCAGUUUACGCUUUAGUAGCAACCGUUUCACUGGCUCUAGUAUCCACUGGCUUUCAAGGAAUGGAAUAUUACCAAGCACCCUCCACUAUUUCGGAUAGUAUUUAUGGUUCUACCUUUUUCUUAGCAACUGGCUUUCAUGGUUUUCAUGUGAUUAUAGGUACUCUUUUCUUGAUCGUAUGUGGUAUUCGCCAAUAUCUUGGUCAUCUGACCAAGAAGCAUCACGUUGGCUUUGAAGCAGCAGCAUGGUACUGGCAUUUUGUAGACGUGGUUCGGUUAUUCCCAUUUGUCUCUAUCUAUUGGUGGGGAGGUAUAUGAAAGAAGGGAACGAAUAAGUGGAUUGAGGAAUGAAAGCUCGAAGACAAAGAGAACUGGG